AUGUACUAUAUCCUCUAUCUUGCAAGCCUUUGUCGCCGUCGUCGUUGGCAAGACCCGUCAUACGAACCCUACAGUACUACAUCAGGAUACGCCUGCAUCGUUCGUGUAAACAACAGAGAAUACACAACAGAUACAGAAUGUGCAUCUGAGACUCUAGCCCGAGAAAGUGCCGCUAUGCGCGCCUACCUGAUUUGUCGCAAUUUCUCUGUUAAUGAUGGCAUGAUCCCAGUGAAUCAAGUUAAUGGUCAUGGUCGUUCGGGAACUGUACAGGGUAUCCCUGUUGCCAUUGGAACGGGGAGGAAAUCUAGUCGUGAUGAUGAUACUGAUACUGAUAGUAGUCGCGCUAGUUGGUCUGGUGGAAGUAGUCCGGAGAUUCUACUCGAUCAUGAGUUGAGUGCUACUUUGAUUAGUAUGAGUGCGGCGAGUGCUACUUCUCAGGAGGAUUCGGAUUCUUCUAGGGCGGGCUCGUUGUCUUCUUUGCCUGAUUCUGCGAGGACUCUUGCUUAUGCGAGAAGAAUUAUUUGA